GUCCCCCGAAGAAAACAGAAACCCAAAGGGCGACGAAACCUCGUUCCCCUUUUUACCACCACCAACACAUCCAAAACGCAUAUGCGCAUAAUAUCCAUCUCCGACCUCCAAAAACCCCCACCAUCCCCAAUCUCUCUCUCUCUGUCUGUCUCUCUCUCAACCCCCCUUCCCUCCAAUAGAGAACCGAGUCUACGCACUUUUGGGCUUUGGCCGCGCGAAUCUCCACUCCCCAUCCGAGGAAAAACAAUGUUUGUGUUGCCACUUUAGUUUUGCUGUUUCAGUUUGAUAGGAGGAAUUAUCUAAAUGAAUAGGGCAUCAUGUCUCGACUGAUUGACGGUCUCCCCAACGAAGUUGCGAUCCGGUGCCUUGCGCGUGUGCCCUUCUUCUACCACUCAAAUUUGCACCUAGUCUCUCGCUCGUGGCGAGCUGCUCUUCUCGGCCCUGAAUUCUACAAAGCCCGGGCUGAGAUUGGCUGUUCGGAAGAGCUGCUCUGUGCUCUAGCCUUUGAUCCUGAAAACACUUGGCAGCUGUACGACCCUCUCAGAGACCGCUGGAUAACCCUGCCCCUCAUGCCAUCCCAAAUACGCCACCUUGCCCGCUUUGGUGUUGCCUCUGUUUCAGGGAAGCUCUUUGUGAUUGGUGGAGGUAGCGACCGGGUGGACCCGUUGACUGGUGACCACGACGGCAUCUUUGCAAGCAACGAGGUCUGGUCAUAUGACCCUCUUCGCCAUGAGUGGGCCAGGCGGGCCCCGAUGCUUGUUCGCCGUGCGAUGUUCGCAUGCUGUGCCCUGGACGGGAAAAUCAUCGUUGCUGGGGGGUUCACCAACUGCCGAGAGUCCAUCUCAAAGGCUGAGAUGUAUGACCCUGAAACUGACAUCUGGGAACCCCUUCCGGAUUUGAAGCAAACCCACAGCUCUGCGUGCUCCGGGGUGGUUGUCAAGGGGAAAGUGCAUGUCGUACACAAGGGUCUGUCGACGGUGCAGAUAUUGGAGGAAGGGGGAAAGUGGUGGGCGGUCGAGGACUAUGGGUGGCUGCAGGGCCCCAUGGCAAUGGUCAGAGGGGAGCUUUAUGUGCUGAGCAAUGGGUGUAUAUCGAAGCAGCGAGCAGAGAACAUGCCGGACAGGGUGGUGUCGUCUGUGUCAGAGUUCCAGAGUCGGAUAGCAUUUGGGACGAUUGGUGUUGGGGACGAUAUAUAUCUGGUCGGAGGAGUGAUAGGACCGGGGCCUAGAAACCAGUGUAUUAAGCAGCUUUCUGAUGUCGAUAUUCUGAACGUGACAAGUGAGAGGCCGACGUGGCGCCAGGGAUCGCCCAUGACCCAGUGCCGUGGGAGUAUUCUCGGGUGUGCUUUGUUAAGGGUUUAGAUGGCUUCUGUUCUUGUGUUGUUCAAGUGCUUUUCCAAUGAUGGUUGAUUCUGUUUUCUCUGUGAUUUGGGAAUACAGCGGAGCUUUUAUUUACUUAAUAUGAUUUUACCACCACCCGUGAAUGACCCUUUUGUUUUUCAUACUGUAGUGAUGAUAAAAGCUUUUUCACGUAUUAUGCUGGUAGUGGUGGUGAAAACGGCUUGGAUUUUAUCUCUCUUUGGCUUCCAUGUCCGAGUUUUGCAGGCUAUGGGUUUU